AUGGAUGAAAUUCACGAAAAUGACUUUGAUCUCAUGUUUGGACGAAAUGUUGCAUUAAGAAAAACAAACAUUGUAACGCAAGGUCCUGGUACGUUCGGAGAACACGCCGAACUAAAAGCAAGUUUAGCUGUAGACGGAAAUAAAAGUAACGCAGCUGAUUCUGGGGUAUGUGCCCACACUUCUUUGGGCAACGCUACACACAAAGCAUGGUGGCAGCUAGACCUUGACCAGGUUUACUGGAUCUCUGGAAUUUUAAUAUACAACAGAGAGCCAAAGCUGAGGGAACGACUGUUUGAAAUGACUGUAAAAGGAUUUGGAUAUUCAGAGAAUGCAUGGGCACCAGCGAUACACUUGUUUGAAGAUAACAACUCAAACGGUUCCUGCCCUGAUCCUUACAAAAUCCCAAAGAAUGACGCAUGUGCAGAUGUUAUUAAAAUUGAAAUCAACCCAGCCAAACACUUGAGACGUAUUAAAAUAGAAACGCCGCAUUAUUUGACGCUUUGCGAGGUUGAAAUUUUUGAAGCAUCGGUUUGUAAAUUGCAACAUAAGGAAAAUUUAAUAGUUAACACAAGUGAAUGCCUACGGAUAGACACAUGCGAAAUCGGCAAACGUGUUUCAUACGAUUGUGUUGGGGACUACGAAGCGAGUGUUAGAUAUGGAUCCUGUCAAGCUGAUCAUACAUGGAGUUCCGAACCAAUUUGCGCAUACCACGCACAAUCUACUAAAACUUCCACUGGAACAGUUGGUGCAGCUGUGGGAGGAAUAGCUGUUGUUAUUGCUGUCGUUACAGUUAUAUUGGUUAUUUACCGACAUAGAAGGAAAGCAGCAAAAUUGUCAAGAGAGUGUCGUUAUGAAAAACGGAUUGAAAAUGAUGGCAAGCCAUCGAAUAAUUAUAGCGAACUGAACGAAUUACAACUAGCAGUUCCAAAAGGAAAAGACGAGUAUUCAACUGAUACGUACGAGGAAGAACCUAUGAAAGAACAGUCCUACUACAGCUUUGAAACCAGGAAGAAAAUACCAGAGACUGCUAUAAGUGUCGAUGACCUUUAUGAAGUAGUGUUAUCACUAGACUACGUAGAUACUAUGAAAAAUCAGUUCGAGGCUUUUCCCAAAGGUUUGACGGAAGACUACACUGAGGCGUUGAAGAUUAAAAAUCGGUCAAAAAAUAGAUACAAGAAAAUAUAUCCAUACGAUGAUACAAGAGUGAUUUUGCCACUGGAUGACCAAUACAACUCUGAUUAUAUCAAUGCCAAUUACAUCCACGGCUAUACUCGGACACGUGCAUUCAUUGCCUCCCAAGGUCCAACGGACGAAAUACUUGUUGAUUUCUGGAGAAUGGUGUGGGAAACAAAGAGCGGAAAGAUUGUCAUGCUGACCAACUUAACAGAGGAUCAAAAGAUGAAAUGCAUUCAGUAUUGGCCUGAUGAAGGAUGCGCUAAAUACGAUGAUUACAAAGUCACCAUUCGAGGCAAAGAAUACUUUUCGGAUUUCGUCAUUAGAAAAUUCACCAUAAAGAAAGCGGAAGCGGAAGAGAGAAAAAUCUAUCAGUUUCAUUUCACUUCCUGGCCAGAUAAAAGUGUGCCGAAGUAUGCGUCAUCUUUGGUACAUUUCCGACAUAAAGUGGAUACAACCACUGUUAAAUGGAAGGGCCCCGUUAUUGUCCACUGCAGUGCUGGUAUUGGCCGUACAGGGACAUUUAUUUCCUUAAGUUUUCUGGCUGAACAAGCCUCCGUCAUGGGAUAUGUCGACCCUGUAGGCUGUGUGAACACGCUGAGGAGACAGAGGGUCGACAUGGUCCAAACACCGGACCAGUACAUAUUUCUGCACAUGGCACUUCUAGAGACGUUGAUGUUGUCCACAUCGGCUCUACCUGCGUCAAAGUUCCUUGGAGCGUAUGAAGAACUUCUGUCCUUUGACGAGGAUCGACAGAAAAUUGAUUUGGAGUUCUCUAGGAUGAAGACAAUGUCCCCCGUGGUUGAUGAGUGUCAAUACGUUAGUGCAAAAGAAGUGCGGAAUAGGAAUAAGAAUCGGUAUUCCAACAUUCUCCCAGAUGCAGAUCACAUGCCGUAUUUGACUCCCUCUGGUAAAAAGUCUGAGCCUGAUUACAUCAACGCUGUAUUCCUUCCGGGGUACAAGAAGAAGGGAGCUUUCAUUGUCACCCAAACACCGCUAGAAGCGACCAAGACUGACUUCUGGAGACUGGUGGUUGAACACGAUGUCCGUACAAUCGUCAUGAUGAACAACAGGAUUGAGAUGAAGGAAGGCGAAAUAUAUUGGCCUGAAAAUGAGGACCCGGAAGCAUUUGAAAACAUCACGAUAUUCAAGACAGACGAGGAAUGCGAAAGAGGAUUGCGAAAGAUUUCGCUUGACUUGAAACGGUUUGGAAAGACACAGAAACUUCAACAGAUACAGUUAGAAAGUUGGCCUGCCGGUUCAACAUUGCCCUCUUCGCCUAAGGAUGUUUUAAACCUUCUUGAUGCAGUGCAGUAUUGGCAACACCAAUCCGGAAACAACCCUGUUCUCGUUCAUUGCAUGAACGGAGCAGACAGAAGCGGCCUGCUCUGCGUGGUAUCAGCAGUGUUGGAGAGGAUGAAGAUAGAACAAGACGUUGCUAUUACCCAUGUCAUCAAAGAGAUGAGAAACUACAGGGAACAGGUUAUUCCCUCCCUGGAGCAGUUUCAGUUUGUCCAUGAAGUGAUCAAAGAAUACAUUCUGCAGAAUGAAACCUACUCCAAUUUCACCGACUGAGGCCGACGAUCGGGCAAACCUUUUGACAUCUCCUUCUGUUUAUUAAUAAGAUUGUAACAUUGAUCGUUUUAAUAAAUUUAUAAGUCGUCCAUUUCAGAGGGAAAGCAGGAAGUGUUUGCCACUUUCAUACCUUACUGGUAGAAAACAAUUAAAACGUUAUUUCUGUCUUUAAUAAUGUUUCUUGUGCUUUUGCAAGUGACUAUUUCUGUUUAAAUGGACGUACGUGAGCGGACUGACUUAUUCGUGUGUUUUGGGGUAAAACAACACCUUUUACAUUUUGUGUUAAAACUGUUGUAGAUACCGACUGUACUACGUUAAUAUUUAUAUAUAUUAUAAAUAUUUGGUAUUUAAACUGCUAGAAUGUAUAAUAACUGUAAUUCUUUAUUGGUAUUGAUCUGUAUAUAUGUAUGUUGAACUAUUAUGAUGUAUAGUAUCUGUAUAGCUUUUUUGGUAUCUAUCUGAACACAUGUUUAAUAAACUAUUUUAUGAUGUAAAGUAUCUGUAUUGCGUU